AUGAGGCUGGCAAAGGGCCAGGUCACCAUGAGGGCACUCCUUUUGCUGCUUGCACUCUGGGCAAGGCUGGCUCCUGUCCAGGGUUCUCAAGGCCGUCCCUCAUGGCGCUACAUCUCCUCUGAGGUGAUCAUUCCCAGGAAGGAGUUGCACCAUGGCAAAGGCUUUCAGCUGCCAAGCUGGCUGUCCUACAGCCUUCAUUUUGGGGGUAAGAGACACGUUAUCCAUAUGCGGCGCAAGAAACUGUUUUGGUCCAGACAUCUGCUGAUGAUGACUCAGGAUGACCAAGGAGCCUUGCAGAUGGACUACCCCUUCAUCCCUCCAGACUGUUACUACCUUGGCUACCUGGAGGAGAUUCCUCUUUCCAUGGUCACUGUGGACACGUGCUAUGGGGGUCUUGAAGGUAUCAUGAAGUUGGAUGACCUUACCUAUGAAAUCAAACCCCUCAGCAAUUCCCGAAGGUUUGAACACAUUGUUUCUCAGAUAGUGGCAGACAGCAAUGGAAAGGGACCUAUGUAUAAAUUGGGACAUAAGGAGGUUAGGGACCUCCUAUUCUCUCAAGCAAAUGCCAGUGUUGUCCCCAGGAUCUCUAGUAAGAUGUAUUCAUCCCAUCAUGGAAAUGUGAAAGCACUUGCCCUAAGUUCCAGGUCAAUGUAUACUGUGUUCAACAACGUGUCAAAAUGUGCCCAAUUCCUGGUGAGGAUAUGUAGUUUAAUGGACUCAUUCUUUCAAGCUAUUGAUGUAGGUUAUUAUAUUUCAUCCAUGAUCAUUUAUAAUGAGAGAGAUCCAGCUUCCAUGGGCAAUUACCACGUGACACAGAAUCCAUACACUCGACAUUAUGAGAGUAACGUGUUUCCACAUCUUCAACCACAUUCAUCUAUAAUCAUGAUUAAAGAAGGGCCACAGGAUUCUGUUUAUGAACCCGUCUUACAUGGUGUAUGCAGAAAUAAAAACCUCAUCAUGGUUGGUUACCUAGGCAGACAGUAUUUAUUUUUGUCUAUCACAGCAACACAAAAAGUGGGAAGAAAUUUUGGUUUAUACUAUGAUGAUUUAUACUGUUUUUGCCAGAGAAGGUCCACUUGCAUUAUGAACAGAUCACCUGGUCUGACAGAUUCCUUCAGUAACUGUUCCUUUAAGCAUAUGCAGCACAUAGUGGUUGGUCAGACACUCGAGUGCAUGUACACAACCAACAUUGUGUAUUCAAAUAAAAGCCUAACCCAUGAUCGUUGUGGAAACUACAUAGUAGAUCAAGGUGAGGAGUGUGACUGUGGCUCCUUCAAGCAGUGUUACAGCAACCCCUGCUGUACCAGUGAUUGUAUCUUCACUUCUGGCAGUAAAUGUAAUAUAGGCAGAUGCUGUACAAACUGCACUUAUUCCCCUGCUGGGACACUGUGCAGGCCAAUCCAAACUAUAUGUGAUCUUCCGGAGUACUGCCGUGGGGAGUCCUUGGCAUGCCCUGAUGAUUUCUAUAUGCAAGAUGGAACCCCGUGCACUGAAGAGGGCUACUGCUAUCAUGGAAAUUGCACUGACCGCACUGUGCACUGCCAAGAAAUCUUUGGUAAAAAUGCUGUGAAAGGUGCAGAUGUCUGCUAUACCAUAAAUAUUAGAGCAAGUAGAUAUGGACACUGUAGAAGAAAUGCUGUGAAAAUGAAGAGUAUUGCCUGUGCCCCAGAAGAUGUGCAGUGUGGAAGGCUGCAGUGUGGUAAUGUCACACAUCUCCCCCGGUUGCAAGAGCAUGUGGGAUUCCAUCAGUCUCUCAUCUCAGGGUUUUUGUGUUUUGGGCUGGACUCACAUCGCUCCACAGGAGCAAAUGAUGUUGGUCAUGUGAGACCUGGUACACCCUGUGCUCCUGGAAAGUUCUGUAGCAAUACCUACUGCAAUGGCACUGUGGCUCAGCUGAAUUAUGACUGUUUACCUAAGAAAUGCAGUCACAGGGGGAUUUGCAACAAUAAUAGGAACUGUCAUUGCCACGUAGGUUGGGAACCUCCGCUAUGCAUUGAUAGAGGUGCUGGUGGGAGCAUAGACAGUGGACCCCCUCCAAGUAGAAUGCGGUCAGUCAGGCAAAGUGAUGAAUCUGUGAUAUAUCUGAGAGUGGUUUUUGCUCGCAUUUAUGCCUUAAUAGCUGCAUUCCUCUUUGGUGUUGCCACAAAUGUAAGAACUAUAAAGACAGUUAGAGUUAAGGAAGAGAAUUUUGGUGAAGCUUAUCCUGAAAUCAGUGUCCAGACCCAUAACCCAAAAUAG